AUGAACUCGCAACAAGAGAGGGCAUUCAAGAUCAUUGCGUCGCAUUCGCAGAAGACAGGACCUGAACCUCUUCGAAUGUUCUUAGGUGGCCCAGGGGGGACAGGCAAAUCCCAUGUUAUCUCGGCUUUGAAGCAGUUUUUCGACGACAAUCAACAGUCUAGACGAUUCAGGCUCGCUUCGUACACGGGUGUGGCUGCGAAGAAUAUCUCUGGAAUGACUCUUCAUGCUGCACUGUCAUUAAUUUCCAAUUCCAAUAUGAAG